AUGGCUGAUGACUUUGGCUUCUUCUCGGCUUCGGAGAGCGGCGCCCCCGAGGCGGCCGAGGAGGACCCGGCGGCCGCCUUCCUGGCCCAGCAGGAGAGCGAGAUCGCGGGCAUCGAGAAUGACGAGGGCUUCGGCGCGCCCGCGGCCGGCCCCGCGGCCCUCGCGCAGCCCGCACCCGCGAGCGGGGCUGGUCCUGAGGACAUGGGGACCACGAUCAAUGGAGAUGUGUUUCAGGAGGCUAACGGCCCCGCUGACGGCUAUGCUGCCAUUGCCCAGGCCGACAGGCUGACACAGGAACCCGAGAGCAUCCGCAAAUGGAGAGAGGAGCAGAGGAAACGGCUGCAGGAGCUGGAUGCUGCCUCCAAAGUGACGGAACAGGAGUGGCGGGAGAAGGCCAAGAAGGACCUGGAGGAAUGGAACCAGCGCCAGAGUGAGCAAGUGGAAAAGAACAAGAUCAACAACCGGGCAUCUGAGGAGGCUUUCGUGAAGGAAUCCAAGGAGGAGACCCCAGGCACAGAGUGGGAGAAAGUGGCCCAGCUGUGUGACUUCAACCCCAAGAGCAGCAAACAGUGCAAAGACGUGUCCCGCCUGCGUUCUGUGCUCAUGUCCCUGAAGCAGACACCACUGUCCCGCUAG